AGGGAGACGGAGAGACAGACACAGAGACAGACAGAGAGAGAGGGAGACGGAGAGACAGAACAGACUUCACUUCAACAUUCUGGACACAAUCGGACGUUGGUUUGAUAAAGAAUAGGGAGGAGUCAAGAAAUCAGCCACAAUGAUGGUAAACAUGUUGCUCUUCGCUCUGAUACUGCUGGCAUCCAGCAGCCAGCCUGCUGAAGCAAGCCUGAAACUCCGCUGUCCCAGAAGUGCAACCACAAAUACAACAUCUGCCCCAACCACAACAAAGGGUAGUGAUAAUGGAGCCGCUGCCCCAAUGCCCACUACUACUCCUACAACCACAGCAACAACUGCAGCAACAACUGCAGCAACAACUGUACCAGCAACUGCAACAACUGCAGCAACAACUGUACCAGCAAUUGCAACAACUGCAGCAACAACUGUACCAGCAGCAACUCAAGAAAGUGCAACAGCAGCUGCAACAGCCGCAGCAGCAGCAGUAGCAGCAGCAGCAGCAGCAACAGCAGCAACAGCAGCAGCAUCCACAACAGGAUACAAAUCUGAACAAGCAGCAGCAGCUGCAGACAAAGCGAGAGCAGCUGCACAGUUGGCAGCAGCAGCAGCUCAAGCACUACUCAACGGACAAAUGUCACCAGAAGAGGCCGCUAAAGUUGCAGAAGAAGCAGCCAAAGUUGCCAAAGAAGCAGCAAAAGCAGCACUAGAAGCAGCACAAUCAGCACCAGAGUCAAGCGCAGAUCUAGUGAAGAAAAUAGCAGAGGCCUCGUCAAACGCAUCAGCUGCUGCAGACAAAGCAGCAGAGGCUGCAAAGAAAGCUGCCUCUGCAAAAACAGCAGAAAGUGCAGACGCAGCCGCAGCAGCCACAAAAGAGGCAGCAGCAGCUGCAGCAAGAGCUCUGGAGGCACUACAGCAGGUAUUAUCAGAAGCCAAAAACAAACCAUCUGACACAAGCACAGGAACAUCACCACUGCAACAAUUAGCCAUUUUAGCAGCAGAGCUGGCAGCAGAAAUGGCCAAUGCAACAUCAGCUAAAGCAGAAGCAGCAGCUGCAGCAGCAGCAGCAGCAGCAAGGGCAGCAACUGAAGAAAUGUCCACUCAAAAGGCAAAGGAAGCAGCUGAUUUGGCUAAGGAGGCAGUAGAGUCUGCACUGGCAGCAGCAGCUGCUGGAAAAGCAGCAACAACAGCAACGGCCACGGCAACUGAGCUAUCAUCACCAUCUGCUCCCGAAGCAAAUGUGACCACACCAACACUUGCAGAAGCAGCAACGGGAGCAGCCACAGCGGCAUCAUCUGCAGCGACAGCAGUAGCAGCAGCAGCAGCAGCACUAGCAGACAUCGCUGCAGGAAAAUCACCAGCAAGUGCAAAGAACACUUCAGAGGCUGCACUAGCAGCUGCCAUCGCUGCCGCCGCAGUAGCAAGUGGUAACGCUACACCAACAGACGCAUCUGAUGCAGCGACACGGGCCGCAGAUGAAGCUACAGCUGCUGCACUUAACUCAAUAUCAGCAGCAACAACAGCACCAGAGGCAACAGCAGAAUUAGCAAAGAAAGCACUUGAAGCAGCAAUAAUGGCCUCCAUGGCAGCAAGAUCAGCAGCAGAAGCAGGCGAACUGGCAGCAGAGUAUGAGUCCACAAUGACACCAGAAAUUGCAGCAGAUGUCCUCAGAGCUGCAAAAUUUGCAGCAGAUCAAGCUAAAGCAGCAGCGGCAGUGUUGAAACCUCUGCUAACAUCACCAGACAUCGGAUCAUUACCAGCAGAAACAGCUACAACUCUAAACUUAGCCAUCGCUGCAGCUCAGACAGCAACUACGUGGGCAGCAGAAGUGGCAAAGAAGAUUGAAGAAAUGGAAAAAGCAGCGUCAACAAAACCAGACGAGGCAGCAGCAUCCCUAAAUGAUGCAAUAAAUGCAGCAAAAUUAGCAAGUGGUGCUUCCAUAGUAGCAGCAGCAUCGGCCAAAGGAGGAGAAGAUGCAACUGUACCAGCAGCAACUCGAGAAAGUGCUACAGCAGCCGCAGCAGCCGCAGCAGCCGCAGCAGCCGCAGCAGCAGCAGCAACAGCAGCAACAGCAGCAGCAUCCACGACAGGAUACAACGCUGAACAAGCAGCAACAGCUGCAGACAAAGCGAGAGCAGCUGCACAGUUGGCAGCAGCAGCAGCUCAAGGACUACUCAAUGGACAAAUGUCACCAGAAGAGGCCGCUAAAGUUGCAGAAGAAGCAGCCAAAGUCGCCAAAGAAGCAGCAAAAGCAGCACUAGAAGCAGCACAAUUGGCACCAGAGUCAAGCGCAAAUCUAGUGAAGAAAAUAGCAGAGGCCUCGUCAAACGCAUCAGCUGCUGCAGACAAAGCAGCAGAGGCUGCAAAGAAAGCUGCCUCUGCAAAAACAGCAGAAAGUGCAGACGCAGCCGCAGCAGCCGCAAAAGAGGCAGCAGCAGCUGCAGCAAGAGCUCUGGAGGCACUACAGCAGGUAUUAUCAGAAGCCAAAAACAAACCAUCUGACACAAGCACAGGAACAUCACCACUGCAACAAUUAGCCAUUUUAGCAGCAGAGCUGGCAGCAGAAAUGGCCAAUGCAACAUCAGCUAAAGCAGAAGCAGCAGCUGCAGCAGCAGCAGCAGCAGCAAGGGCAGCAACUGAAGAAAUGUCCACUCAAAAGGCAAAGGAAGCAGCUGAUUUGGCUAAGGAGGCAGUAGAGUCUGCACUGGCAGCAGCAGCUGCUGGAAAAGCAGCAACAACAGCAACGGCCACGGCAACUGAGCUAUCAUCACCAUCUGCUCCCGAAGCAAAUGUGACCACACCAACACUUGCAGAAGCAGCAACGGGAGCAGCCACAGCGGCAUCAUCUGCAGCGACAGCAGUAGCAGCAGCAGCAGCAGCACUGGCAGACAUCGCUGCAGGAAAAUCACCAGCAAGUGCAAAGAACACUUCAGAGGCUGCACUAGCAGCUGCCAUCGCUGCCGCCGCAGUAGCAAGUGGUAACGCUACACCAACAGACGCAUCUGAUGCAGCGACACGGGCCGCAGAUGAAGCUACAGCUGCUGCACUUAACUCAAUAUCAGCAGCAACAACAGCACCAGAGGCAACAGCAGAAUUAGCAAAGAAAGCACUUGAAGCAGCAAUAAUGGCCUCCAUGGCAGCAAGAUCAGCAGCAGAAGCAGGCGAACUGGCAGCAGAGUAUGAGUCCACAAUGACACCAGAAAUUGCAGCAGAUGUCCUCAGAGCUGCAAAAUUUGCAGCAGAUCAAGCUAAAGCAGCAGCAGCAGUGUUGAAACCUCUGCUAACAUCACCAGACAUCGGAUCAUUACCAGCAGAAACAGCUACAACUCUAAACUUAGCCAUCGCUGCAGCUCAGACAGCAACUACGUGGGCAGCAGAAGUGGCAAAGAAGAUUGAAGAAAUGGAAAAAGCAGCGUCAACAAAACCAGACGAGGCAGCAUCAUCCCUAAAUGAUGCAAUAAAUGCAGCAAAAUUAGCAAGUAUCCUUGCUAAUAUCACAGCAAUAGCAGCAGAGGGAACAGAAACAGCAGAUACAAGCAUACCACCAACAACUCCACCCGCUACAACUGCUCCAGCAACAACAACAUCAAACAAAGUGGAAAUAGAACUGACUCCAGCAUUGCGCUUAGCACUGACCGUGAAAGCAGCAGCAUCUGCAGCAGCAGCAGCAUCUGCAGCAGCGGCAGCAGGUGGAGCUACUUGUGCAUUAGCUGGAGAAUCAACAGCCCCGCAAGCCGCUAAAGCAAUUGAGUCUGCGCAAGAAGUGGCCAGAAUAGCAGUUUUACUGGCAUCCGGACUAAAAACACCGGCAGAGGCAGCAUUUGCAGCAACAGACGCUGCCACAGCCGCCAGAAAAGCAGCAGAUGAAGCUAUCGAGAAAUCGAAAAAAUCAGCAUCACUCGAAAGAGUAGCAAACGCAUCGCUGAUUGCUGCAAACGCCGCAGCUCAAGCAGCAACAGCAGCAAACAAUGCAGCCAUUCGCAAAACUCUCGCUGCUAGCGUGAUCAAAGAAGUUGCACAAGUUGAAAAGAUGGUGAUGGACAAAUCAGAUAUCGCCAAACAAAUAAUGAAAGAAGCAGCGGCAUCUGCCAGUGAACCAGCACGCUCAUCAUUGUUGGCAGCGCAAGCAGUGGCAACAAUGGCCAAAGUAGCAGCAUUGAUAGCAUCUACAGCCAGCGGAGACCAGGCAUCAGAGGCCAAGGUGGCAGCCGAAAGCGCCGGCGCCGCAGCACUGGCAGCUUACAGCGCACUGCCACAGGUAGUCAGCACUGCUACUGCACCAGGUGAUGAAGCAGCAGCAGCACCCGCUACAACUGCACCCGCUACAACAACAUCAAACAAAGUGGAAAUAGAACUGACUCCAGCAUUGCGCUUAGCACUGACUGUGAAAGCAGCAGCAUCUGCAGCAGCAGCAGCAUCUGCAGCAGCGGCAGCAGGUGGAGCUACUUGUGCAUUAGCUGGAGAAUCAACAGCCCCGCAAGCUGCUAAAGCAAUUGAGUCUGCACGAGAAGUGGCCAGAAUAGCAGUUUUACUGGCAUCCGGACUAAAAACACCGGCAGAGGCAGCAUUUGCAGCAACAGACGCUGCCACAGCCGCCAGAAAAGCAGCAGAUGAAGCUAUUGAGAAAUCGAAAAAAUCAGCAUCACUCGAAAGAGUAGCAAACGCAUCGCUGAUCGCUGCAAAUGCCGCAGCUCAAGCAGCAACAGCAGCAAAUAAUGCAGCCAUUCGCAAAACUCUCGCUGCUAGCGUGAUCAAAGAAGUUGCACAAGUUGAAAAGAUGGUGAUGGACAAAUCAGAUAUCGCCGAACAAAUAAUGAAAGAAGCAGCGGCAUCUGCCAGUGAACCAGCACGCUCAUCAUUGUUGGCAGCGCAAGCAGUGGCAACAAUGGCCAAAGUAGCAGCAUUGAUAGCAUCUACAGCCAGCGGAGACCAGGCAUCAGAGGCCAAGGUGGCAGCCGAAAGCGCCGGCGCCGCAGCACUGGCAGCUUACGGCGCACUGCCACAGGUAGUCAGCACUGCUACUGCACCAGGUGAUGAAGCAGCAGCAGCACCCGCUACAACUGCUCAAGCAACAACUGCACCCGCUACAACUGCACCCGCUACAACAACAUCAAACAAAGUGGAAAUAGAACUGACUCCAGCAUUGCGCUUAGCACUGACCGUGAAAGCAGCAGCAUCUGCAGCAGCAGCAGCAUCUGCAGCAGCGGCAGCAGGUGGAGCUACUUGUGCAUUAGCUGGAGAAUCAACAGCCCCGCAAGCUGCUAAAGCAAUUGAGUCUGCGCAAGAAGCGGCCAGAAUAGCAGUUUUACUGGCAUCCGGACUAAAAACACCGACAGAUGCAGCAUUUGAGGCAAGAAACACUGCCACAGCCGCCAGAAAAGCAGCAGAUGAAGCUAUCGAGAAAUCAAAAAAAUCAGCAUCACUCGAAAGAGUAGCAAACGCAUCGCUGAUCGCUGCAAACGCCGCAGAUCAAGCAGCAACAGCAGCAGUAAAUGCAGCCAUCUUUGACAAAGCUCUUGCUGCUAGCGUGAUCAAAGAAGUUGCACAAGUUGAAAAGAUGGUGAUGGACAAAUCAGAUAUCGCCAAACAAAUAAUGAAAGAAGCAGCAGCAUCUGCCAGUGAACCAGCACGCUCAUCACUGUUGGCAGCGCAAGCAGUGGCAACAAUGGCCAAAGUAGCAGCAUUGAUAGCAUCUACAGCCAGCGGAGACCAGGCAUCAGAGGCCAAGGUGGCAGCCGAAAGCGCCGGCGCCGCAGCACUGGCAGCUUACGGCGCACUGCCACAGGUAGUCAGCACUGCUACUGCACCAGGUGAUGGAGCAGCAGCAGCACCCGCUACAACUGCUCCAGCAACAACAAAGAGACAGAUUACAAUUGUGUCCAUGGCCACUUCGAUCGCAGGCGCAACAGCAGGGUUAGCAGCAACAACAGCAGCAGCUGUUGGACCAUUGACCAAAGAAGAAAUAGCUGCACUCAAGGCUGCGCAAGAAGCUGCUAAAGUCGCCACAUCAUUAGCAGAGGGGGAAUCAACACUACGAGUGGCCGCAGAUGCAGCAGGCGCAGCAGCAGAUGCAGCAGAGGCAGCAACAACGGUCUCAGAGAAUAGAGCAGCAGCAAACAAGAUCAUGGUGGCAGCAAGAGCAGCAGCAGAAGCUGCAAAAGAAGCAGCAAACGUGGCUGAAAAAGCAGCGUCAUCAGACACAGUGGAAGGUUUGGAAGAAGCUGCAAAGUCAGCGAAAAAAGCAGCAGAUCAAGCAAAAACUGCCAUGUCAAACUACAAUUCAGCAGUAGUGGAUGAUGCAGUAGAGAUCACCAAGGCAGUGGCAGACCUGACAAUAUCGAUGGCAACAUCAGCAACAACGGUGCUGUUACAUGCAUCACAAAACAACACUGAAUUACUGGAAUCAACUGCAAAAAUAACUGCAGCCAUUGCAACACUAGCAGUCAAUCGCACACUGAUUCUGCUGUCGACAACAGCACCAGUGUCUUCCCAAGUCAAGAAUGCAACAGUCGCAGCAUCUGCAGCUGCAGCAGGGGCAGCAGCCGCAGCGGCUGCGGCUGCAGCUGCUGCCGCCGGACCAGGAGCACUUGAUGCUGCCAGGGAAGCAGCAAGAGCUGCCAAGGAGGCAACAGACGCUGCCAAGGGUCUUAAAGAGGGAACGGUAUCCAGGAAAGAAGCAACUGAAAAAACAAAAGCAGCAGCGGCAGCAGCGGCAGCAGCAGCGACAGCAGCAAAGCGAGCCGCGGCAACGAGCUCAACAGUGCCAGCAGCACAAGGAGUGGAGUUAGCAAAUGCAGCGGAGGAAGCAGCGGCAGCGGCAAAGGAAGCAUCAAAAGCAGCCUCGAUGGCAUCAUCUGCAAGUUCACUGAGAGAUCUGACAGAUGCCAGCGUGGCUGCGGGAGAUGCGGCCACACUGACCCAAGAUGUGGCAAAACAGUUGAAAGACAUCUUAUCAGGCGCUGACGGGUCAACGCCGGCACAGCUUAAGAUUCUGGGAUCUGUGAGCGAAAUAGCAGACUUGGCAACAUCAGCAGCGGAGAUGGCAAACAAAACAAUGGAGACGGCAAUUAAAGUGGCAUCAGGGUCCACACCCUCAUCAGACCUGGAGGCAGUGAUGGACUCGUCAGCACUGGUUGCCACGGACACGACUUCAAUCGUAGCAGGUUUAACAGAAGGUCUGAUCAAUGACAUAUCAGCCGGAAAUGGUUCUGGUUCUGGUUCUGGAUCUGGCUCUGGCUCUGGCUCUGGCUCUGGAUCUGGCUCUGGAUCUGCAUCUGCAUCAAGUUCAGAUUCAGUUUCAGGAUCUGGUUCAGGGUCUGGAUCGGGAUCAGUAACAGCAGCUGCAGUCAGCAACAGACUGAGUGUGGUUUGUGCCACGGCGGCGGCCAUUGCUGCUGCUGUGCUCCUGUAAGGACUGACCACUCCGACAUGUAUUUAUUCUUAUUCUUAUCUUAAAAUCACAUCUACAUCUAAAUCGUAAAAAUCAGUGAGAGGAGACUCCGGGCAAAUGUAAUUUAUCAGAAGAACUAAUCAAUGACAGUGGUGAUAUUUAACCUUUCAAAAAGUCUGUAAAUUAUAUUAUUUAUUAUGCUAUUUAUUGUGUGUGUGUGUGUGUGUGUGUGUGUGUGUGAGAGAGAGUGCAGAAUAACUUAAGCAGAAUAAUAUGUUCAUCAGAUGUUCUUGUGUGUGUGUAAGAAAAAUGUGUGUAAAAAUGAAUGUUUUUAAUUACAAUUAAU